AGGUUCACCAUGUGGCUUAAAAAUAAAAAUUAUCCAUUCUGCUGCAGCACCUAUCUCCAUACAAUAUUCAAUUUCUCUUUUCACAGUCUUUCUUGGGGGGGCUCAAUCUAAUAUAUAUAAAAUAUAUGUACUUGGUCAUAAAUACACAAACUAUUCCAACUUGUUAGAUCAAGCACUUCUCUCUCAAAAAAAAUCAAGAAUGGAGGAGGAGAACAACAACAUUGUAUCGAGUACUCGCGAAAGCGAUCAACCCCCGCUCCCCGAUUACCACGGCUACAUCACGGUACUCAGCAUCGACGGCGGCGGGAUCAAAGGUAUUCUCCCCGCCGUCAUCCUCGAUUUCCUCGAAUCGCAACUACAGGAGCUAGACGGAGAUCACGUGAGACUCGCGGACUAUUUCGAUGUGAUCGCUGGGACGAGCACCGGGGGGCUCGUGACAGCCAUGAUCACAUCCCCGGACGAAAACAACCGACCCCUUUACGCCGCGAAGGAUAUCACGCCUUUCUACUUAGAAAAUUGCCCCAAGAUUUUCCCGCAAAAGCGGUACGAUCUAUAUAUUAUUUUUUUUUCGAUUUUUUUUUCUUCGGAUUUUUUCGAUUGUUUUAUUCGACGAGUGAGUGAAUGAUUGAAUUUCGCAGGAGGUAUUUGCCAUUUGAGAAAACAAUGAGAUCUUUGCUUGGACCAUUAUAUGAUGGGAAGCAUUUGCGUAGGAUAUUGGAAGAGAAAUUGAAGGGUAUAAAGUUGAGCCAAGCUAUAACUAAUGUUAUUAUUCCAGCUUUUGAUAUCAAGCGUUUGCAGCCUGUUAUUUUCUCCACUUAUGAGGCAAAAAGAUCCCCUUUGUUAGAUGCUAAAUUUUCAGACAUAUGCAUAAGUACUUCAGCAGCUCCCACUUUUCUCCCCGGUCACGAAUUCAUCGUAAAAGACGAUCUAAACUGUCUUGAAAAAGAGUACAAUCUCAUCGACGGUGGUGUCGCUGCAAAUAAUCCGACAUUGAUAGCGAUAACGGAGGUGACGAAAAAGAUGUUCGAGAGCAACACGGACUACUUCCGGAUGGCGCCGGUGGACUAUCCGCAACUUCUAACGAUAUCAAUCGGGACGGGUGCAGCGAGAGUCGACGAAAAAUAUAAUGCGAAAAUUGCAUCAAAAUGGGGAAUUAUGGAUUGGCUGUUACAUGGUGGGACCACACCUUUGCUUGAGAUUUUUAGUCAAUCUAGUGCUGAUAUGGUUGACUUUCACUCCUCUUUGCUGUUCCAAGCUUUUUACUCCGAGCAUAACUACCUUCGAAUCCAGGAUGAUACAUUAAGUGGUAUUGAAAAUACGGUAGAUGUUGCCACACAAGACAACUUGGAGAGACUAGUCGCAAUUGGUCAACGGUUGCUUAAUAACCCGGUUUCCAGGGUUAAUUUGGAAACCGGUCAAACCGAACCGAUCAAAGAUGGUGGCACAAAUCAGGCUGCUAUCAAAAGGUUUGCACGUUUAUUGUCACAUGAAAGGAGAAUGCGAGAGGUGAAGAAAAUGACCGACCGGCCACCGGUUGUUACCCGCUUAACAACGACGGCCGCUGUCGGAAAUAGGGGUAAAAUGGACUUUUCGGUGAAUAAUUCUUUUAAUCACAGGCUUACUUUUUGUCCCAUGUUUUCCAUUAAUGCUUUCACUUCCUCGGCUAAACUAUUUUCCAAAUGAACAAUACUUCGUGUAUCAUUGGGAUGUAAUUUUAUUUAUUUUUUUAAAAGAAACUAUCGAAUAAUUUAUGGGAUUUCAUACAUUUUAUUGUAGUUAUCGAAGAAUUAAU